AUAUCGAAACGGUUAUCAUGGAACUGUGCUGGGAAAAGUUAUCUUCGUACAAGCAGGAUAGUAUCUGGUCGUGGUUUAUUUGUUUCUUUACGGCGAUAUGCAUGAUCCUUUCAGUUGGAUUUAGCUUUGCUCUUGGCGUUCUCUUUCCAGUUUUCAUGAAUUACUUCGACGAAAACCGUGAGAAAACUGCAUGGGUUUCAUCUAUAACAAUAGGCGGCAUUUGUUUCCUUGGUCCUGUUUCGAGUACAAUCCUGAACAGAUUUGGUAUUCGUGUCACAACCAUUUUGGGUUGCUUGUCGUGUGCCGUAGGCCUUGCACUGGGUUCAUUUGCUCCAAACAUCACCAUUCUCUACAUUACCUUUAGUUUGCCUUUUGGUGCAGGGGUAUCGGCUAUCUACGUUGUUUCGCCAAUCAUUGUGUAUCAGUACUUCCUUAAAAAACGGUCGUUUGCUCUUGGAAUUGUCACCGCUGGGCAAGGAAUGGGGACAAUGAUUCUUGGACCUACUCUACAAGCCUUAGUUGAUGUUUUUGGUUGGAAGAACUCUUUCCGUUUGUUUGCUGGGAUUUUAGCUGUUGCGUCACUUACUGGAGUCAUUCUUCAUCGCAAAAGUACAUCUUCAGUGUUGGGAGAAGAAGACGAGGCUCGUGGAAAGAAAUUUGGAUUUAACCUUUGGUUGUUAAGGGAUCCUGUCAUCAUCACAAUUGUGCUAAGAAAUGGACUUACCGUAUACACUCGUCUGGUGCCAUACGUACACAUAAUAAAGUAUUGUGAUGAUCUCGGUAUUCCAGCUGACAAAAGCUCCCUUCUGUAUCUAUUUAUGGGCAUUUUCGCCACCAUCGGACGUCUUGGGGGAGGAUUUUUGUGCAAUCUGAGAUUCCUAAAGGCCCGAUUUCUCCAUCAAGCUGUGUCAUUUGUGAUCGGGGUGUCCACAAUGCUACUUCCCUUGGCAACUACUUAUGCUGGACUGGUUGCUUUCGUCAUUAUAUUCAGUGUCGCAGAUGGAAUUAUGAUAACAACCAUCAUAAUCGAAUGUAUGGAAUCCGUUGACGAAUCGAAAAGGGUCUCAACGUUUGGUUUUUUAUUAAUGGCUGCGGGUGUAUUUGCUUUGGGUAGUCCACCCCUAUCAGGGUUUAUGGCAGAUAAGUUUGGUAACUACUUUGCUGCGUUUCUUAUGGCUGGUGGAGUGGCGAUUGUUGCCAGUCUCAUCCCAUUUCUUCUCAUUUGUGUUAAACAAGAACAAAAGAAAAACUUUGUUGAUGACGUUGAAGAGACAGUGCACCCAGGCCAAUUAGAGGGUGUGGACGACACCGAACUGAAGUCAAAGAGUUGGUCUCAGGAUUCAAUAUCUACGAUUGGUAGAGAUCGUCUAAGGUCUUCCUCCUUUGCUACAGCCAUGAAUAGUCCGAUGUUUUAGGGAGGAAUCUUAUUUGCACUCUUUUGUUGUGUUCAUGUGUUUCACAAAGUGAAUUAGAAUUUACACAUCGUGCACUGAUUCGUAUGAAGAGUGGAAUACCUAACAGCACCGCUCGAACGGAAAUCGAUAUUUAUUACAUGAGGCUGAAAACGUUAAAAGGGGCGAAAGGCCCAAGAAACGGCGUUUUUUACAUCUCUCCCAUUGAUAUACGCGAUUUUAAUAAGUGCUAUUUAAAUGAUCAAAGGUAAAGAGCUGGUGAUUAGGUCAGAUUAGAGUGAACAAAAGAUGAACUCUGCGGUUUUGUGUGCCGCGCCGACCACAAGCUAAAGAGUAAUCCAUCCGCGGCAAACAAACGUUUAAUUUGAAUAGGUUCGAAUUCCGUAAAGAAUGCUUCACUGUAAGUUUAACACCACGUAGUACUCUGUCCCUCUAAUGACUGACAAAGCUAUAACUGCUUUGUUCACGAGCAAAGAGAUUAAUCCGUCCUCUUUUUAAGUCUCUUUGAGAUCAGCCUUUUCCGCUGAAAGUGGUUUUGAAUUGUUCUUCUCCAAAGUAAACAAACUCAUAAAUGGUUGGAAGGUUUGUUUUAUGGGCAAAAAAAUACUUUAAGCCGACUAACAUGCCGAACAACAAUUUCUUUGAGAAGUAGCAAUCGAGAGAAAUUGUGAAGAAAGUUUGAUUUAUACUUGGGAAUUAUUUGUGGACUCUCAAAUUGCUUAUUUUGAGUUAAAUGAAAGGUCUCAUAAAUAUGUAAAUGCCUGAUUAUUUUUGAUAAUCCGACUUAAGUAUGCUUUAGCCCCACUCAGAAGAGUCCUUCUGCUCAACCGAAAGGACAUUAUGUUUUAGUUUAUAAGUUAUACAAUGGCACGUUCUGCAAUUGGGAAUCUUUAUUUAAUACAAGGCUAGAUUGUCGCCAUCGUUCCAUACUUGCAAGACCUCAGUUGCGAUGUUUGCCAGGCGUGUUAGGCAAAUAAUUUUGGUGGGCCAUUUCCGAUUGGAAUAAAAGGGGCCAGACAAAACACA